AUGGCCGAAAACAAGUCGCCGCCAGUCGAUGGCGAAGUCUCCGACGCCCACGACAACCUGACCCUCUCAUCCACAGCCAGCGAAUUGACCCGAAUCUUCAACAACGCGGGCAUUGUCCCCGGCAAGGGCUAUCUUUCCUUCAACAUGGGCGACGAUGAGGAAGAGGAAGAGGCGGAUGAAUUUGUCGCCGUGGACCGUGACGAUGCGUCGUCGGAUUACUCGUUUAUGUUCCGGAAACCCUCGCAGGGACGUCGCCGCACGCAGCUGGAUGAUUUGCAUCCCUUUACAAGCAUUCUCACCUUGUCGAAUGUGGAUGACUGUGUUACUGUGGAGGAGGCGUUUCCAGAGGAAGAGCGGGCUUCGAGGGAAAAGUUUAUUUACCGCCUUACGAAAUGCCCAGAGUUGACGCUGGGAAUCUUUACGCUACCGGUAUUGGGGGAUGACGACCAACCCAAGGCGACCCCCGAGCUCGUUGCACAUGUUAUCUCGACUCGCACGUCAGCGCUGCGUGUCACUGAAGAGUCAAUGAAAGUUCCUGCAGAUUGGCAGACCCGACAACGCAGUCUCCCCGAUGAACACGACACCGAGGUUCUGGGCCACGAGGAUCAGGGUGGAACCAUUGCAUUGCAUUCACUCGCUGUCAAGCCCGAACACCAGAAGAAACAGGUCGGAACGACCCUUUUGAGAUCAUAUAUCCAGCGCAUCAAGGAUGCUGCUAUUGCAGACCGGAUCGCACUUCUUGCCCAUGAUCAUAUGAUUCCUUUCUACGAGGCAGUCGGAUUCGAAAACUACGGACCGAGCGAGUGCAAAUUCGGUGGCGGUGGUUGGUUUGACAUGAUCGCACCGGUGCCAACCAACCAGGAAUUCCUCGAUAUCGUCCUCAGUCGCACCCAGAGACGGUUGCCGACUGUUAUUCGUGCUGGAUUUCAGAUCAGUCGUAUCAGAGCAUUCUAUACCAGAAAAGUCAAGUUUACGUCGGAGACGUUUUGCGAGAAGUUCCAGGCUAUUCUCGAUGGCUUUCCGCGGCUGCAGGAUAUUCAUCCUUUCCACAAGGAUUUGAUGAACACCCUUUACGAUGCCGACCACUUCAGGAUCGCGCUGGGCCAGAUCUCCACCGCCAAACAUCUCAUCGAAACAGUCGCGCGUGACUAUGUCCGACUCCUCAAGUAUGCACAAUCGCUCUUCCAGAGCAAGCAGCUCAAGCGCGCCGCUCUCGGUCGCAUGGCUACUAUUUGUAAGCGUUUGAAAGACCCCCUCGUGUAUCUUGAGCAGGUGCGCCAGCAUUUGGGUCGUUUGCCAUCGAUUGAUCCCAACACUCGCACGCUCUUGAUUUGCGGAUACCCAAAUGUCGGAAAGUCGAGUUUCUUGCGCAGCAUCACCCGCGCAGAUGUCGACGUGCAGCCAUAUGCUUUCACUACCAAGAGUUUGUUUGUUGGUCACUUUGACUACAAGUACCUCCGUUUCCAGGCCAUUGAUACUCCAGGAAUUCUGGAUCAUCCUCUGGAAGAGAUGAACACUAUUGAGAUGCAAUCUAUCACUGCUAUUGCCCACUUGCGAUCUGCAAUCCUGUACUUUAUGGAUCUCUCCGAACAGUGCGGAUACUCUGUUGCGGACCAGAUUAAGCUCUUCAGCAGCAUCAAGCCUCUUUUUGCCAACAAACUGGUCUUUAUUGUCAUCAACAAGAUUGAUGUCACACGCCCCGAGGAUCUGGACCCCGAAAACAAGGAACUCCUGGAUGCCGUGCUGAAGCAAAGCGAUGUCGAACUGCUCCAGCUCUCUUGCACCACCACUGAAGGUGUAACAAACGUCAAAAACGCAGCAUGCGACAAGCUGAUUGCCGAGCGAGUUGCCCAGAAACUCAAGGCCGGUACCAGCAGCAGCAGCGGCAACCCGACUGGCCGUCUUGGUGAUGUCCUUGCCAGAAUCCACGUUGCUCAGCCCAUGGGCGGCGUGCGCGAGGCAUUUAUUCCAGAAGCCGUCAAGACCCUUAAGAAAUACGACAAGGAGGACCCCAACCGAAGGAAAUUGGAACGCGACGUCGAAGAGGAGAGCGGCGGUGCUGGCGUCUACAGCGUGGAUCUCAACAAGAACUACCAGCUGGCCGACGACGAUUGGAAAUACGACAAAAUGCCCGAGAUCUGGAACGGCAAGAACAUUUACGAUUACGUUGACCCUGAUAUCGAGGCCAAGCUUGCCGCCUUGGAAGAAGAGGAAGAGAAACUCGAGACAGAAGGAUUCUACGAGUCGGACGAGAGCGUCGAAGAUGUCGAAGACGCCCAGAUCCGCAUGAAGGCCGACCUGAUCCGCGAGAAGCGCGCAUUGAUGAAGAACGAAGCCCGGCUACGCAAGACGCUCAAGAACCGUGCUGCCAUUCCUCGCAGCGCCAAAUCCAAGAGACUCUCAGAAUUGGAGUCUGCCUUGGACAAUGCCGGAUACGACACCAAGGACGCAGUAUCUCGCGCACAGAACCAACCCACAUCUCGUGGCCGCACAUUGACUCGCGAUGACGGUGACAACGGCGACGCAAUGGACGUCGAUGCCUCGUCCAACCCACGCGAUGCGAUUGCGCGGGCCAAGAGCCGUGCUCGCAGCCAGGCUGCCACCAACAGAUUGACAGACGGAGUCGUGUCGACGACAUCACGCACCAAGGCCGACCGUCUGGCCAAGCUGUCGCAGAAGAAGAUGAACCGCAUGGCCCGGCAGGGAGAGGCAGACCGACACCAGACUGUGGCGUUGGCCAAGCACUUGUAUGCCGGAAAGAGAGGCAUAGGCAAGACCCAAUUCCGUUAA